GUAUAGCAAUUUGGUGGCAACUGAUUUACAUUAAGUGAUUGAUUGAAAGUUGUGUUAAAAGCAAUGGCAUCAAGCACUAGUUUUGUUGUUGUUCUACUUGGCUUCUUUUUACUUGUUUCGUCAUUCACUGCCAUCCCAAUCUCAAGAACUAUAAAUCUAACUGAUGAAGGGUCUCUUGAAGUUUCAAGCAACACAGACUUGAAUGUAGAAGACAACUGGGAUGAGACCAUGUUAUCAAGAAGGAUGGUUUUAACAAGUGAUUAUCCAGGAUCCGGUGCGAAUGAUCGUCACACACCAAGGCCAUAAGCAUGGAUAUGAAAGCAAUUUAACGUUGAAAUGAUUUCAAAUAAAAACAAUUAGCCAUUGUAUAUCAAAUAAACAACUGACUUAUUUUGAUUCGUGUGAACAAGGUUUUGAAUGUAAGAAAUAUGUCAUGGUUGGAGAGUGAAUGAUUUGUGUUACUAUUAUGAUUUUUUGGUCUUGUAUUUGUUGGUGUAUGGCCAAUUUUCGGUUGUACCACUUUGAUUGUAAUGUCACAUUAUCUGAUCGAUAACAUACAAUGUUAAUGAUGAUUUUAGAAC